CGAAUCCAUCACAAUGCAGCGGAUUUCUGCUGCAAUCUGCCCCUUCUGCGAGGCGAGGGCGCUGACCAAGGCCUUCGUACCACCAUGGCGACAGCAACAGCAGCAGACGCGCACAGCGGCGACGCUGCACAAGCGCAAACCGUCGCGGAUGGUCCUCUCAGAGAGAGUGGCCAAAGGUCCGCCCAGAACCACUGCAGAUAAUAGUGGCAAGCAGGUCAAGAUGAGGACCAAGAAUAGUCCUUGGGGUGGCAUGAACUCGACAGAUGUCCCCAGGACGCUGCAGGUACAGCGCAAUAAAAUAUCGGCGGCUGAGCAGAAGAGGCAAGACAAGAUGAGGCCGGGAGGCCACAAGAAGGAAGAGACGCCCAAGGAUCCGAUGAGAGCGAUGAAGAUGCAGCGGAGACUGGCGAAUGUAUCAUACGAAAAGCGCAACAAGAUCAAGCAGGAUAUCGCCGAAAGGGACAGCUUCGAUGACUUUGACCUGUUGCCUGUAGUCAAGGAGGCUGUGAUAUCGCAGGCAUUGGCCGGGCAGGUCGAUGUCUCUCCUUCGCCCAUUCAACGAUUAGCGCUACCUGCCAUCCUCGGUACACCGAAUGGCCGACGGAAGAAGAAGGUUGUGGAAGAUGAGCCUUCAAAGAGCAUGCAGCAGUUUCUACUGGCAGCAGAGACGGGAUCUGGCAAGACAUUGGCUUAUGCAUUGCCCAUGAUUGAUGCAAUCAAGCGCGCCGAAAAGAUUGAGGCUGCUGAGAAGGAGCAGGAAGCAUUGAAAACGGCAGAAGCGAGAAAGAUGCAAGGCAGGAUAUACGAGCUGGACGCACCCGAAGUGGAAGACCACUCCAAGGGGCGGCCUCGCGGGAUCAUCUUGGUUCCCACUGCAGAGUUGGUAAACCAAGUCGGUGCCUUGAUCAAGAGCUUGUCCCACGUCGUGAAGUACCGCACAGCCAUGGUCAGCGCUUCAUUCACAGGCACAGUCAUACGGAACCAGCUUUUCGGCCCACGCGGUGUUGACAUAGUGAUUGCCACGCCGCAUCUCCUCAACAGCAUCUGCGAGAGUGACCCCAACAUACUUUCUCGAGUAUCACACCUGGUCAUUGACGAAGCCGAUAGUCUACUGGACCGAUCCUUCAGCCCCAUCACGUCCAGCAUCAUCGAUCGUGCAGCACCUUCUUUGGAGAAGCUCGUUUUCUGCUCUGCCACCAUCCCUCGGAGUGUCGACUCGUAUCUGAACAAGCGAUACCCGGAAACGAAACGACUCGUCACACCCAAUCUUCAUGCCAUUCCUCGACGGGUUCAACUCAGCGUUAUAGAUAUUGAGAAAGUGCCAUAUCAAGGCAAUCGCGAUCUGGCAUGUGCGCAGACCAUUUGGGACAUUGGCAAGGAAGCCGCGGAGUCCAGCGAAGACCGAGAAAGAAAGAUUGUCGUGUUUGUCAACGAGCGUGAAAAGACGGUCGAGCUCACGGAAUACUUGAAAUCCAAGGGCAUCGAUGCAAGCGCGUUGUCCCGCGACAGUGAUGACCGAAAGCAAGCGGAAACUUUGGCAGCCUUUACUGGUGCUGUCGUGCCUCCAUCCAGGAGCAGAGAGAAGAAAGUCGCUCCUGCUGGGCUCUACGAGUCCGGUCAAGCGAUCUCCGCCGGUGAACUUCUCGAACGAAACCCAGCUCCCCGAACGCUCGCCAACACGAAAGUUCUGGUGAUGACAGACAUCGGGUCUCGGGGUAUUGACACUCUCCUGGUCAAGCAUGUCAUCCUGUAUGACGUACCUCACACCAGUAUCGACUUCAUUCAUCGCCUGGGACGCGUGGGACGUAUGGGUAGAAGAGGCAGGGGCAUUGUGCUCACGGGCAAGCAUGAUCGAAAGGAUAUCGUCAAGGAGGUUCGAGAGGGCAUGUUUCGAGGACAGGCACUCAUCUGAGCGGCUUUGCAGGUGAAAAGAGGGCUACCUCGUGUACUUUGAUAUACCCCAUGUACAGUUAUGAUGCUCUAUACAAUAUUUUGAAUACAG